CUGAGGGCCCGCGGUCCACCGCAUAUUUCCCAGCUCCAAUCCUCCCAAGGAACCGACCCUGGGAAAGGGCGGAAGCAAUCAAACACGACCAACGAGACAGACGAGUACAAAAACAGAAGAAGGAAAGCCGGAGAAUCCAAGCGCAGACCCAGAAAGACGACUCGCCCAACGCAACCGCCUGCCCCUGUUCUGCAAGCUCGACGCAAAACAAACGAUCGCCAGGCUUGAUUCGGUUGGCCCUGGGCCUGGACCGCUGCCCUCUCUGGCCCCUCCCUCGCUCACCUCCCUUUUGGGCGUACCAGCAACGACUGACGGGGCCCCGACUUUCGCUUGAGCCUCGGACCCUUGAGUUUCACCAAACACCAACACCUGGCCGGCACCCGCGCCGCCCCUCCUGCAACUGUCAGAAGAAGCGCGCGAGCUGCCGCUGCUGCCAUCUCCAGAGGCUGCUGCACCGCCAACCUACCUAUCCCGUUCGUAAUGUCAAACCUUUUUUCUGGAAUCAACGCCCGCUUCCGUGGUGGCAACAAACAAACCGGCGGUCAGGUCAAAAGCCCAACUCUGAACCUUGGUCCGAAUUCGCCCACUGCUCUGUCCCAGGGGAGUCAGUCGUCAACGAGCUUGGCCUCGAAGCUUCCUCCGCUGCCCAACUCUCCCUCGCUGGCCUACUCUAUUGGCAUGGACGAUAGCGGCGUCAUGGCGAGCGGCGAAGACAUCCUUAACUCGUACCACCUGCCGAGGCCCCUGCCUCUCUGGCUCAACCCGGGUUAUGCCAGGCACAUUGUCAAGGGCAACUUCAUGACACUGAGCGCCCGCCCCAAGACUGUAGAACAGGGCGAGUGGAUUGCGCACCAAGUUGUUGAGCAUUACCGCAACCUCUGGAACUUUGUCAGGGUUCUUCAUGAGAAGGAGGAGGAUGGAAACACCAUCUGCAAUGCCACCACCUGCCCACGAACAUCUGCUGGAGCUAACCAUUCCUUUACAUGGCUCAACUCGCGGAGGGAACCAGUGGAGCUUCCGGCGCACGAGUACAUGACGCUGAUGCAGCGAUGGAUCUCGGGCAAGAUCGACGACACCAACAUCUUCCCUACCGAGGCCUCGGGCGUCUCGUUUGCACACAACACUCAGUACACGAACGCGCCGCUCUCGCAACUGGCCAACCCGGCGGGUGACGGGUCCUCUGGUGAUUGGCUCGGCAAGCGGAGUGGGUUUCCCGAGAACUUUGUCGAGGUGUGCAAGACGAUAUUCCGCCAGAUGUUCCGCGUCUACUCGCAUCUUUACUGGGCCCAUUUCGUCGAGCCCUUCUACCACCUGAACCUGGAGAAGCAGCUCAACAGCUGCUUCAGCCACUUUGUACUCACAGCCACGGCGCUGGACAUGCUCAAGCCCCAUGAGCUCGAGCCCAUGCAGCCGCUCAUCGACCUCUGGGCCGCCAAUGGCACCUUCCCCCAGGGGUCGAAAGCCUACGAAUACGCCAACCUUCGAGCCGGCGAGCGUCUCUUGCAGCUGGGUGGAAUGUCGAACUCUUAGUCCUUUAUCAGGGCGAUGUCUACCUAACGAGACAGAAUAAUCUUCAGGGACUCUGCUUGGAUGACCUUUGCCUUGCAUACAUAUACGCUUCCCCUGGGUUACCUCUGAUGUCAAAUCUCAUCAUCGAGUCACCAGGCCAUUACUUGCAGCGUGCGAGUUACUGUCAGGAUCUCCAGGUGGCCAUUCCCCAUCAUUGCUGCAGGAUGGAUACGUGGGAUGGAUUAAUAUGCACAAUAAACAAGGCUUGACAGGAUAUACGGUGCAGGAUCGAGUCUAGUUGGAAUCACGCGGGCAGAUGGUGUACGAGGAAGUCAUGCAAUCGUAUAUUCGGCCGUUGGCGUCACGAACCAACCGUGCGAAUACCAUGUUUGGUCGUUUGACGGUUGGAGAUAUUUGGUAAAGAAUGCAACGAGACUGUCCAGAAAUAAGAAAGCAGCAUGUCUGAGAGCCAGCAAUCCUUCCCCCUGAAUAGCAAAUUUCCCCCAUGUCGAUUCCUCUUUCCUCCGCGGGCCUCC